AUCACUCCACUCCAUCACCUCCUGCUUGAGCAAGCAAGCAAGCAAUCGCUGCAGCCAACUGUUCGACCAGAGCGAGUUAGCCAUGGCGUACAGAGUUCUUGAGGUGACCCUCCACUCGGCGAGGGACCUGAAGAACGUCAACUUCAUCUCGCGCAUGGAGGUGUACGCGGUGGCGACCAUCUCCGGCGACCCGCUGACGCGGCAGUGCACGCCGCCGGACCCCUACGGCGGCCGCCACCCGGCCUGGAACGCCACGCUCCGCUUCACCGUCCCGCCUACCGCCGCCUCCGCCGCCGGCUGCCUCCACGUCCUCCUCCGCGCCGAGCGCUCCCUCGGCGACCGCGACAUCGGCGAGGUCAUCAUCCCGCUCGCCGACGUCCUCUCCGGCCCCUACGACCUCGGCGCCCGCCCGCCGCAGUUCGCCUCCUACCAGGUCCGCAAGCUCCAUCGCUCCGAGACCCGCGGCGUGCUCCACCUCUCCUACCGCCUCGGCCCCGUCGUCGCGCCGCAGUCCGUCUUCGCCUACCCGGCGCCGCCGCCGCCGCCGCCGCAGCUGUUCGAGACCGCUCCUCCCUCGCCGCCUUACGUUCCCCCACCACCGGACGCCUACCUUCGUAAACCGUCGCCGCCGUCUCCACCACCCGCCAAGCUGUCGCCGCCGCCACCGCCACAGACACAGACACAGCCGCUGGCAAAGCCGCCGGCGCCGGCGACGCCGUCGCGAGCUGGCGGGCACGUGGCGGCGCUGGCGCCACCUGCGGUGGCGAAGGCCGACAGGCACGUGUCGACGCCGUCACCGGCGAAGGCCGACUGGCAGAUGGUGGGCACGCCGACGGCGACGAAAGGGGCGAGCAAGCAUGGCAGCCUGGAGUUCGAGCGGGGGCUCAACGCCGGGCUGGUCGGCGGCGCCAUCGGCGGGAUGCUGGUCGGCACCGAGAUGGUGUCCGACGCGGCGUUCUACCACGCCGGCUACAGGGCCGGGCUCGCCGACCGCGACGGAUGGGCCGUCUACUAAACCGUCGUCGCCAUGGCUGCAGGUGCAGCGCCAUGCAUGGUCGGUCGGCGAAGAUGCUUAGCUGAAUAAAAGUCUCUGGUUUUCUUUUUUUGGCCUUUUGAGAUUAGCUCAAUAAAAGUCGAUGAAAUUUACUUUGGCUGAGAGUUUGUAACUCUUCCUCUUCGGCUAGUGAAUUAAUCGACUUGUUGUAUAUAUUUUGUUACUGGUUAUGAUGUAAUAUAUGGCCACGAAAAUCCAAGAACAUGACAUGCUCA